AGAGAUAGUCCGGACUCCCUGCCUGUGUUCCUAGGGGAGAAUGAAGCCAAGAAGGGCUGUACCAUUACGCAGAUGGGGGACAACAUGUUUGCUGCUGUCCAUCUAUUUCUGGGGAGGAAGAGGAAGGAGAGGGGCGGGCGUAAGGAAGGGGGCAAGGCUCUGGAUAACCUGGAGGAGGAGUUAAGAGAGAGGGCGGAGUCUCUGGGCUUUUCCCUGGAGCAGAAGACCAAAGGCAUGAAGCAGAGAGACAAGAAGGUUGUCACCAAGACGUUCCAUGGAGCCGGCCUGGUGGUUCCUGUUGAUCAGAAUGAUGUUGGUUACCGGGAGCUGCCGGAGACAGACGCUAUGAAGAGGCUGUGUAAGGCUAUAGCGGAGGCCAGGUGUGAUGAAGACAGGAUGAAGGCUUUCGGCCCGCUGCAGGAGAUGAUGACCUUCGUCCAGUUCGCUAACGACGAGUGUGACUACGGCAUGGGGCUGGAGCUGGGCAUAGACCUCUUCUGUUACGGGUCACAGGUACACACACACACACACACACCUCAACACACGGGGCUGGAGCUGGGCAUAGACCUCUUCUGUUACGGGUCACAGGUACACACACACCUCAACACACGGGGCUGGAGCUGGGCAUAGACCUCUUCUGUUACG